UCAGCGGGACACAGGAAGAGGGUGUCCUCUUCGCCGAAGUGUCUGUUUCCCGGCGAGCGUAGGCUGCCGGGAGUUGUAGUCCGGCAGCCAUGGCGGAGGAGGGCGAGAGGAAGGCGGCGCUGGAGACUGUCCAGGCAGAUGGGACAGAUGGAAACUGCGUCACAUUUGUGUUGCACGAUGAGGACCACACACUUGGCAACGCCCUCCGAUACAUGGUGAUGAAGAAUCCUGAUGUGGAGUUCUGCGGCUACUGCAUCACACACCCCUCUGAAAGCAAGAUCAACUUCCGGAUCCAGACCAGAGGGACUCUUCCUGCUGUUGAGCCAUUCCGGAAAGGGCUGAACGACCUGAUGAGCGUUUGCCAACAUGUGCUCGACACCUUUCAGAAUAGCAUGCAGGAAUACAGAGCCCAGAGGGAGGAAGAGAUGCAAUAACGUUUGGGGAUGGCAGUCCCCAUAGAUGUGUGUAGCGUCUGUGUGUUGAAUUCCCUGUGUCAAGAGUUUUUAUUUGGUUCAUUUUUUUAUGAUUGCUUUGAUGCAAACCUGUAUUUUCUCUAAUAAUAAAGUGUAUGAAGUUUGAUGCUGUGGA